AUGCCGAAGUUCUCUUCACUCUAUCCUUCCUCAAAGUCGUCCCCAUCGAUCUCGAGCGCAUCGCAGUCUUCCGCCCUCGUCAAGGUGCUCGAGUCCUGUGAACUCUCAGUUGCAUCAUACCCUCUCUCGAUGAACACCUUCGUGGACUGCCUACGAGCGCACCCCAUAUCCGCAGCGCUCUAUGUCACGACCUUCGAAUCCUUCGUCGACUACACACCGCGGAGUCCCGUCGUACGAGCGACAAAGGGCUUCUUUGGGCACCAGUACAACGCCUUCGCUGUCCUCCUCCCCGAUGGGCGCAAGACGUACAUCAGGGUGGACUACCGUGCGGAGCCGCCGCUCGGAGCCACCUCAAGCCUCACGGUCCGCCUCAGCGAUGACCACGGCACGCUCACAGAGAUCAGCCAACUGAACUCCCGCAUCACGGUCCCUCCCGGGCCUCCAGCCGCACCCGGGGCGUCGCCCCAACUUCCUACGCUCGCCGCGCUCGCCUCGCUCUUCGCAGUGGCCGUCGAGCGCCUCGUCACGCGGCCAUACUGCGUGGUCGGGCACAACUGCAUCUGGAUGACGGAGAUGCUGUUCUACACGCCCGCGCAACGAUACGCUGCAUUAAUGCUGGCCGCCGGUAGCCUCACUCCCGAGGAGCCGCUGAAAUGUUUCUUGCGCGGCGAGGCUGGGGUGCUUGACACGAUGACGGCGUGCGCGAUACCAAACGAAGCUGUGCGGAAGAUCGCGUGGGAGGUCGCGAGGAAGCUGCGCGCGGUGCAGGUCGCCUUUACUCGGGACAGGAAGUACGAUAUGCACGACGAGGAGGUCAUCGAGUGGCUAAGGGACUGGGAGAAGGUGGAGAGGACCACGCCUUCGGCCCACUAUGUCUUGGCAUGGACAAUUGGUCUGCGAUUGUUGGCCUCUGCGAAACCAUACAAAUGCCUGACUGGUAACACACGCUACGCUCGCAAUCAAACGAUCUGCCGCAGCGUUAGGCUCUGUGCGGCGUUCAUAACUUCGCGGUACUUCUCCUACCGCAGCUCAAGAGGCGGCGUGAUUCCGGCCCGGGGAGCGCAGCAGCUCGUGCAAGUUGUGCAGAUUCAGACUGCUACCAACAUGAUAGAUCCCAAGCUAGACAGUGCGCAGCAGAGCGCAAACAUGGCCCAUCACUUAUACUUCCACCCUAUUACGCCUGCCCCCGGCGCAGCGCAACGCUCCGCACUCAUCCAAGACGGCCUCAGGGACCAAGAGUUGUCACAGGCGCCCCACCCCAUCUCAUUCGCGACCUUCGCGGCCGCGUGCCAGCGGCUCCAGCCCACGGCGGCGACGAUCCGCGUAACCUGCGUCGAGAUAUACAAGAUGACGUGGUCGUCCUACGCCCUCGUGCAAACGACGACCGGAUUUCUGGGGCACCAAUACAUCGUCGCGACGGUCCUACUCCCCGACGGACGCUGCACCUACAUCAAGGCCGACUAUCUUGCCGAGGACCAUCCCUGCGGCUCCAAGCUCAUCCUCACUUUCAACGACGACCGCAAUGCGCUCACCGCGGGCAGCUACACCCUCUCCCGCAUGGUCUCUCCGCACUCCUGGGCUGCAGGCGAACACGGCGGAACGGAGGCAGAGCUAAGCGGCCCGUCGCUUGCAGACCUGGCCUCCCUCCUCGGCGUCGCGAGCGCACGCCUCGGUACGCGGCCAUACCGCGUCCUAAGCCGCAACUGCCUGUGGAUGGCGGACACGCUCUUCUACGCGCUUGCACGACGGUACGCGGCGCACUGGCUCGCGGGCGUCCUGACGCCGGACGCGCCGCUUCGUUUGUAUCUGCGUAGGGAAGCGGGCGUGCUCGAGACGGCGAUCGCGUGCACACUGUCGGGCGAGGCCGCACGGCGGUACGCGCGGUGGGCGGCGUAUGCGGUGCGCUGGGUCCACGUGCAAAGUACUUGGGGGGAGGCGGGGGCGGGGCGGUAUAUGAUGCACGAUGAGGAGGUCGCGGACUGGCUCGGCUUGGUCGUGAACAGCGAGGUCCCACUGGUCGUUAGCAAGAUGUCGUACGCGUCGUCCUCGGCCAACACACCGUCUUCCCCUAGUGCCAUCACCCUUGCCUCCCGGUCUUGCGCCCUCAUCAGCAACAUGUUUGCGUUCAGCGAACUUUCGAGUGCGACUUACCCGCUCCCAAUGGACAAGUGGAUAGACUGCCUGCAAAAGCAGCCCAUCUCGAAGGCGCUCUUCCUCGUCUACUUCGAAAUUUGGAUGGACACGGCACCGUCAAGCACCGUCGUACGCGCCACGGCGGGCAUCCUCGGGCACCAGUUCAACGUGUUCACGAUUGGGCUCCCCGACGGGCGCAAGACGCACAUCCGUGUCGACUACCGGGACGCACCCAUCGCGCUCGAGUCCAGCUCGCAGCUCGACGUCUCCCUCAGCGACGACCACAAGAUGCUCACGAAGGACAGCCGCCUCAUCUCGCGCAUCGUCACCCCGACGUGGGCUGCCGCUGAGAAAGCUGGCCCCUCGCUCGCUGCGCUCGCCGCGCUCUUUACCGUCGCCUACAAGCGCCACAUUCCACGGCCGUACACUGUGUCGGGGUACAACUGCUUCUGGAUGACCGACAUGCUGUUCUAUUCCAUCGCGCGACGGUACGGCGGGCUAUGGCUCCCCGGUCGACACACGCCCGACGAACCGCUUCGGCGCUACCUGCGUGGCGAGGCGGGCGUGCUAGAAACAUCUGUAUCGUGUGCGACGGAGAAAGAGGGCGCACGACGAAUCGCGCUGUGGACCGGGAACACGUGGCGCAGGGUGCAAGUGUGGGCUACGCAGAACCGGGAGGAUCAGGUCAUGAUGCACGACGAGGAGGUCAACUUGUGGAUUGGGAUGUGGAUGAGCCGGAUGGAAUGUUAG